UCUAAAACUCUUGUAGUACGAACCCCGUCUCCAGCGACAGAAAGUGACAUGCCAAAUUCAAAUUACCGGAACUCUUCGAAAGUUAACGCUUUACGACGUAAUUCCAAAGGAUUGUGAACACUAAGAAGCGGUGCUUUCCAGUGGUAUGCGGUACAUUACGAGUCAUCAGACAGAGAGGACGAGAGCGAGGAAGGGAAAGCUCUGUUUUCGGCUGGGCUGAUGACUGCCCCUGGCUCCGCAUUGCUGACGAAAGCUGCUUAGCCCCUCAGUUGCUAUGGCAACCAGGGAGAGCAGCCAGGCAAAAACGAGGCAAAGGGGAGGGGCUUUCAAGGGAGAAGUAGAGGAGAAAGGGCUGGAUGGGAAAGAUAGACAGAGGGAGGGAUACAGACUGCUGAUAAAGAAACGCACCAAGAGCAACAGAGGUAAAGCAAGGCUACGGACGACGGUAGAGAUAAGAGCUGGAUAUAACUCACUCCUCUGGCUGGGGAAGAAUAACUGCAGUGAGAAACUGGAGGAUACAGAGAAAGGGCUGAAACAGAGAGAAGAUGGAUGUACAAACGGAUAACAUGGACUCCCCGCCUUGUGAAUCCCAGUCGAGGGGAAAAAUCCGAAAAGGAUUCAAGCUGUUUGGCAAACGCAAGCCAGGUAACAUAUUUUCUUUACGAAGCAAAGGGGAUGGCAACAACAAGUCACCUGUUAUCAGGAGCAACACCAUAGAUGGAUUAUCACCAGAUUCAGAGCAGGAGCAAGACAAGGAAAACGGACUGGAGGUGAGUCAAGGAGAGAGGGAGCAGGCUGAGGGGGAGCUACUCGAUGAAGAUGGUGUGCUGGCUGCCGCUCCAGCUCGUGCCUCCAUUUCUUCAGCCAGCUCAGCCAAGUCCCUCAGCUUCCUGUCGUUGCUGAGGGCUGGCCGGAGAGGAACAGGGGAUCGCAGAGUCCGCACAGUGUCCCAGCCCGCGGGUCGGCAACGUCGUGGGCUGAAGGGUCUCUUCAGCAGCGUUAAGUUCCGAUCAAAAGAUAAAGAGGAAGAAGCCCCUCCGAGCCCACUUCUCAUGUCCUCACUCACCAACAGUGUGGAAAUCAUCAAAGAGGACCUCCCCCUUACCCCCAAAUCCCAUCCUCGCUCUCUGGCCAGCCUUGAGAUUGAGAGCUGGGUGUCUGACAAGAGCUUUACGGCACAGGACAGUGCAGCCACGUCCCCCUCAGACACCUCAACUCAGGUGACGGCAGGCAAUGUGAGUAGAAGUAAUGAGCAUGUGCCACCUUUACCCACAUCUGAACCACCCUUGGUACCCGGGGAUAACAGCCUGAGCUGCUUGCUGGCAGACAUCUCCUCUCUCCUGACCUUUGACUCAAUUACAGGGGGGGGAGACAUCAUGGCUGAUGUGGAGGCAGAGUGGGGGAAAGCCAGCAGUCCCAUCGGUGGUGUGGGGACUGACUUCACGGCAUUAUCCACAUCUGUCUUCUCCAAACCCAUCAUCUCAACUCCACUGACCUCUUUCUCUAUCGGCACUGCCACUACGGCAAAACCCUCUCCUGUAGCCGUCCCCACAACAGCCUCAACCCAGGCAACGACAACCUCAUCUCCCAUUGCCAAGCCGAGCCCCACCAUCACGACUUUCACCAAAUCUUCCACUUUAACCUAUCACUCAGUCAAACUGAGCUCGGACUCUACUCAGCUCACAGACUCUAAGCCUUCUGCUGGCAUUACAAUUAAAGCGACUCCUAUCGCAACAAAACCCUCAACUGCCCCUUUAACAUCAACAAACUUUUCAGCCCCAAUAAUAUCUCUCCCUUCGGUGACAAUUAAAUCCACACUGAGCUCCACCUUUACUGCUACCACAGCUCCACCGAACACACCGGCCACUGUAGUCAAGGCUCCUUCCAUUAGUCCAACUCUUACCUGUAUGGCUAGAAAACUUGCUUCAGAGGAUGCAGCACCUCCUCAAGUUAUUACCUCAGUAAGUAAACCUAUCUCUGUAGCUACUCCAACCCCAGUAUCAACUAAACCUCCACCAGUAACCCAUAGCUCCCCCACCCCUGUUGCUUUUACUCAACCUCUGUCUGCUAAAUUGGAUUCAGCGAGCUAUUUGAAGCUGCAGCCUUCCACUUUCUACAAACCUUCCCUAAGUUCAGCUGCAGGAGAAUCUAAACCCCCAGUGAUAGUAUCACCACCCUCUGCUAUUACAACCAAACCCUCCUUUUCCACACCGGUUCUCCCCUCUAAGGUGACAACGGUUCCCACAUCAACUACGCCCUCAGGCUUGGUAUCUGCGGCCCUCUCCAAACCUACACUCAUCUCGAGCCCAAUGGACUUAAAUAAGACCCCUCCCUCCCUUGUGAGUGCUCCCGAUAAGUAUCAUUCCCCUACCCCGACUAGGACCCAACCCUGCUCUGCAUCUGUCCCGACUCCAUAUUCCUUUUCAUUAGAUAAGAUUCCUCCCAUUACUAAACUUAUUCCUGCACCAGUCUCUUUAGAUAAGAUGGUCCCUGUUCCCACACCGGCCCCAGCCCCCACCACUCAUGCUGUUGUUAUUUCAGCAUUCCCAACACCUCCUGCUCAGACUCAGAUCCCAGUCUCUCAAUCUAAAGCCCCUCCUGCGCCUGCUCAAUUCCCAAUUUCUGUAUCUAAAGAUCCACCUGCUCAAAUGCAAGUUUCUCAGUCUAAAGUCCCUCCUGUCACUGCUCAGAUACCAGCUCAUGUGUCUAAUGAUCUGCCAGCUCCUGUUAAAAUGCAAGUUUCUCAGUCUAAAGUUCUUCCUGUCACUGCUCAAAUCCCAAUUCAUGCGUCUAAUGAUCUGCCUGCUCAUGUUAAAAUGCAAGUUUCUCAGUCUAAAGCCCCUCCAGCUCCUGCUCAGAUCCCAAUUUGUAUAUCUACUGGCCUUCCUGCCCUUGUUCCCAUCCCAGUUUCUGUAUCUAAAGACCCUCCUACUCAGAUCACAGUAUCUCAAUCUAAAGCCCCUCCUGCACAGUCCCCUGCCCCUUGCCCCGUCACUUCUCCUCCUUCUACUCCUGCAGCCUGGUUGAGUGAGGGCCCAGCCUCUGCUAAAAUGAGAGGAAGUGGACAGGCAUCAGUCGAUGAGCAACUGAUUAGUCCAAGUAGCACAGGUGCCCUGGGGGCCCACACCAUGCUGUCAGAAGAACUGCAUAAUGAGUUACGAACAAGUCUCCAGGGCCACUCCAGAGAAAGAAGGAUACCACAAGUAAAGGCAUCUGGACUAAGCAAAAUACCUGUAGUUGGAGGGGGCAGAGCAGGCAAGCCACCUGUCCGGGACAGUCAUCAUGUUGAUGAUGAAGUGAGCCGGGACCCACCAACUCCUGUGCUAGAAGAAGAGAGGCCCCAUUUCCACUCACAUGAUACAGGGAUCAAAGAUAAACUCAGUGAUGUUGAGGCUAUCAUGCCCGCCUCAAAACACACCCAGGAGGAGAGUCAGCAGCUUCAUCAGCCAAAAGUCCUCACCAGUUUACCGCGUGACUCAAAGAUCCCUGUGAAGCACGGCGCACAGUCUCACACUGCCUCCCAUAUCCCUCAGCCCUCUCGCACCAAGAUACCUGUGUCCAAGGUUCCUGUCCGCAGGGCUGGGAACAAACCUGCAGCUGCAGGUGGGAGCUCUCAGAUAAGAAAAUAAAUAAAUGGACUUGAAUCAUUCAAUGAUACAGAUUAUGGCUUUGCAACUUUUUUUUUUCUCUCUCUCUCUCAAACACAACUUAAUGACGACUCUUUUUCUACACUGUAUUAUUCUUGGCUUCACAACCCCAUAAGCAACUGUAACAGAGUCAAGGAGGCUGACCACUCAAGCACAAAACAUCUCCGCAAGGAGCCGAAGCAACAAGCCGGGCUCUUUGGUGCUGAGGCAACUGGACAUGCACUCAGGAAAGGUUCGGGGUCACACCUGAACACACAGCAGCAUCGGUGACUAAGGAUAAGCAAGAAAAGAGGUCUUCCGAGUACACAGUCACACACACACAACAUGGGCGAGUGCCUUUUUGAUUAAGGGUGCUUUUUUCGGACAGACUCUCAAAAUCUUUUCUACAGUACUUUUUGUUACUCCCACUUUUUGUAGGAACUGUCAAAUCUUUUUUGGUCUUUCUUUCCAGCAAGUCUCUUUGAUAAAUAACAAGUCCCUUUUUAUUUAUGUUUGGAGAAGAACAGCAGGAGCUCUAUAAACGAAUGCAACAACCAAAUUUACAUUCCACACCUAUCUUUGGAUGUAUGUAGCAAAAGAAAAAUGUUCAUUCAUUUUUGCACAAAAUGUUGAACUGUGCGGCGCCUGCGUGUCCGCCUGCUCAUAUGUAACAUGAUUAGAUCUCACUGUGAACUCUGGGAGAGACUGGUUUUGAGGGAGGAGUGGAAUAUCUCCUGCCAGUGAAGCAGCCAUUAUUAAUGGCUCUGUGGACGUUGUGAGCGAGACAGAGAGGAUGCUGAGAUGAGAUCUCUCUCGUACAAUGGCACGCCCUUAUCCUAAUUGUACUCAGAUGAGAACAAUAUCUCUGUGUAUAGUCUCAUCAGUGUUGUUCUGUUUCUUAUUUAAUCAAUAAAGAUGAGAUAUGUGUA